AUGAUGGAUGAAUUUCAGAAUUCAGGAUUAAAUAAAUAUAAACUUGUUUUUUUAGGAGAACAAGCAGUUGGUAAAACAUCAAUAAUUACAAGAUUUAUGUAUGAUACAUUUGACAAUAAUUAUCAGUCUACUAUUGGUAUUGAUUUUCUCAGUAAAACAUUAUAUUUGGAUGAAGGGCCAGUUCGAUUACAGCUAUGGGAUACUGCAGGUCAAGAAAGAUUUCGAAGUUUAAUUCCAAGUUAUAUUAGAGAUUCAGCUGCAGCCAUCGUUGUAUAUGAUAUUACAAAUAGACAAUCAUUUGAAAACACAACGAAAUGGAUUCAAGAUAUUUUAAAUGAAAGGGGACAAGAUGUUAUAAUUGCAUUAGUAGGAAAUAAAACAGAUUUAGGAGAACUAAGAAAGGUUACUUAUGAAGAAGGAUUACAAAAAGCUCAAGAAUAUAAUACUAUGUUUCAUGAAACAAGUGCCAAGGCUGGUCAUAAUAUAAAAGUAUUAUUUAAGAAAAUAGCAUCAAAAUUACCAAAUUUAGAAAAUACUAACACAAAUGAAGCCAAUGUUGUUGAUAUUCAAUUAACUAAUAAUUCAGCUCAGAAUGAGAAGAGUAUGCUCAGUAAAUGCUUAUGUUGA